AUGCGAACAACUCUUCUUCAAGUGACAAUUUCACUUAGCAAAGUAGAGCUUAGUGUGGGUGAAUCUAAAUUCUUCACAUGUACAGCCAUUGGUGAGCCUGAGAGUAUAGACUGGUAUAACCCUCAAGGAGAGAAGAUCAUUUCGACGCAGAGGGUUAUGCUACAGAAAGAGGGUGUCAGGUCGCGACUAACCAUCUACAAUGCAAACAUCGAAGAUGCAGGGAUAUAUCGCUGUCAAGCGACAGAUGCCAAAGGACAGACACAAGAAGCUACAGUAGUUUUGGAAAUUUACCAAAAACUCACCUUCAGAGAAGUGGUGUCCCCGCAGGAGUUCAGGCAAGGGGAGGACGCUGAAGUGGUGUGCAGAGUGAGCAGUUCCCCAGCUCCUGCGGUCAGCUGGCUGUACCACAAUGAGGAAGUCACCACCAUCCCCGACAAUCGGUUUGCAGUGCUUGCUAACAACAAUUUGCAGAUCCUCAAUAUCAAUAAAAGUGAUGAAGGUGUAUACAGAUGCGAAGGAAGAGUGGAGGCUAGGGGAGAGAUUGACUUCCGUGAUAUCAUUGUUAUUGUCAACGUUCCACCAGCAAUUGUGAUGCCCCAGAAGUCCUUCAAUGCUACUGCAGAGAGAGGGGAAGAGAUGACCUUAACCUGCAAGGCCUCAGGCUCCCCAGAUCCUACCAUCUCUUGGUUCAGGAACGGCAAACUCAUUGAAGAAAAUGAAAAGUAUAUUUUAAAGGGCAGUAAUACAGAACUCACUGUCAGGAACAUAAUCAAUAAAGACGGGGGCUCUUAUGUCUGCAAAGCCACGAACAAGGCAGGGGAAGAUCAAAAGCAGGCCUUCCUUCAAGUCUUUGUACAGCCUCAUAUAUUACAACUUAAAAAUGAGACAACAUCUGAGAAUGGUCAUGUCACACUCGUCUGUGAGGCAGAAGGGGAGCCGGUUCCAGAAAUCACAUGGAAAAGAGCGGUAGAUGGAGUCACAUUUUCUGAAGGUGAUAAGAGCCCAGAUGGCCGCAUCGAAGUUAAAGGGCAGCACGGACGCUCUUCACUGCACAUCAGAGAAGUGAAGUUGUCAGAUUCUGGGAGAUAUGACUGUGAGGCCGCGAGUAGGAUUGGCGGGCACCAGAGGAGCAUGCACCUGGAUAUCGAAUAUGCUCCUAAGUUUGUUUCAAAUCAGACAAUGUAUUAUUCUUGGGAAGGAAAUCCAAUCAAUAUAAGUUGUGAUGUGAAAGCAAAUCCACCUGCAUCAAUCCACUGGAGAAGAGAGAAAUUGGUUUUACCAGCUAAAAAUACAACUCAUUUAAAAACUUACAGUGUAGGAAGAAAGAUGAUACUCGAGAUUGCCCCCACAUCAGACAAUGACUUCGGACGCUACAACUGCACUGCUACUAACCGCAUCGGCACAAGAUUUCAGGAAUAUAUUCUAGAGUUAGCAGAUGUGCCCUCUAGUCCUCACGGAGUGAAGAUUAUAGAGCUGUCACAGACUACAGCCAAGAUCUCGUUCAAUAAACCCGACUCCCAUGGAGGUGUGCCUAUUCAUCACUACCAAGUGGAUGUCAAAGAAGUGGCAUCAGAAACCUGGAAAAUAGUACGCUCCCAUGGAGUUCAAACGAUGGUUGUUUUGAGCAGUCUGGAACCAAAUACGACUUAUGAAAUCAGGGUUGCAGCAGUGAAUGGCAAAGGACAAGGAGACUACAGUAAAAUAGAAAUAUUCCAGACACUGCCAGUCCGUGAGCCAAGUCCCCCAUCCAUACAUGGACAGCCAAGUAGUGGCAAGAGUUUUAAAAUCAGCAUCACCAAGCAAGAUGACGGAGGGGCUCCCAUUUUAGAAUACAUUGUGAAAUACAGAAGUAAAGACAAGGAAGAUCAGUGGCUAGAAAAGAAGGUGCAGGGAAAUAAAGACCACAUUAUUUUGGAGCAUCUGCAGUGGACAAUGGGAUAUGAAGUGCAAAUCACAGCUGCCAACAGACUGGGGUAUUCUGAGCCUACAGUGUAUGAGUUCAGCAUGCCCCCAAAACCCAACAUUAUUAAAGACACACUUUUUAAUGGCCUUGGCCUAGGAGCCAUCAUUGGCCUUGGAGUUGCUGCCCUUUUGCUAAUCCUUGUGGUAACAGAUGUCAGCUGCUUCUUCAUUCGACAAUGUGGAUUACUAAUGUGUAUCACCAGGAGAAUGUGUGGGAAAAAGAGUGGCUCCAGUGGAAAAAGUAAAGAACUAGAAGAAGGAAAAGCAGCUUACCUGAAAGAUGGCUCAAAAGAACCGAUAGUGGAAAUGAGAACAGAAGAUGAAAGAAUCACUAACCACGAAGAUGGGAGUCCAGUAAAUGAACCAAAUGAAACCACACCACUAACAGAACCCGAAAAAUUGCCUUUAAAAGAAGAAAAUGGAAAAGAGGUUUUAAAUGCAGAAACUAUAGAAAUUAAAGUGUCUAAUGACAUCAUCCAGUCUAAAGAAGAUGACAUCAAGGCAUAA